AUGCGGCCAUCCACGGACUUCCAGGGCGUGCCGCCGUCUUCUUCAGAUGUGCGGCACCUCUCACUGCGCGGCCUCGCGGUCGGCCUUGGCGUCGGCCUUGUUAUAUGUUGCUCGAACAUGUACUUUGGGCUGCAGACGGGAUUCGUGAGCACCAUGUCGCUGCCGUCGAGUUUGCUCGGGUUUGGUAUUUUCAAGGCGCUCUCGCGACACCUAUCCUACCCAUUUUCGCCCGUCGAAAAUGUUCUAGUUCAGACAGUGGCUGGCAGCAUGGCAAUUGCUCCGCUUGGCUCCGGCUUUGUUGGCGUGCUGCCGGCUAUGAAUUACCUCAUGAACGCAGAUGAGAUGGGGCCGAUCAAGCUGUCACUGUUCAAAAUGAUAAUGUGGUCGCUUGGACUCUGUUACUUCGGUGUACUGUUCGCCGUUCCACUUCGGCGCCAGGUCAUUAUACGUGAGAAGCUGAAGUUUCCCAGUGGCUUUGGUGCCGCCGUCCUGAUUGGUGUUCUACAUGGGCGUAAGCCGAACCUCGACGGAAGCAAAAUUCCCUCGGAAUUUGCAAGCCUUGCUGGUGAAGACACUGUCCCGGCCCCGGCCCCGGCCCCAACGCAAGCCAUUUCUUCACCUAUUGCGGCUGGCUCUAGAGCUGACGAUAUUACGAUUGGCAACAAUCCUGUCUCCGAACUCGAGAUACGCCGUCGUGAGGAGUGGCGGGCCAACCUACGCCUCCUCCUCGUAUGCUUUCUUAUUUCCGGACUUUUUACCCUUGCCACAUACUUCUUUCCUGCUAUCCGGGACGUGCCCAUAUUUGGGUCGACAGCCGCUGCCACGUGGCUCUGGACUUUCAACCCGAGCCUUGCCUACAUUGGCCAGGGCGUUAUCAUGGGUCCGGCAACCACUAUGCAUAUGCUUUUAGGGGCUAUAAUGGGCUGGGCGGUCUUGUCUCCUCUGGCAAAGUACCGCGGCUGGGCACCUGGUCCCACAGAGGAUUGGGAGACGGGCAGCAAGGGAUGGAUUGUAUGGAUUUCCAUUGCCAUUAUGCUGGCCGACGGCAUUGUCAGUCUCGGUCAUGUUGCCAUUCGUUCUGCUCUUCAGUUUCAACCUGAGGUGCAUGCAGCCAUUGCAAGUCGACUGCCCUCGAGUAUUUCCCAGUGGCCUUUUCAGAAUAAACUUACCUCUGGCUACACAGCCAUUCGAGGCUCAGAUACUAUACCGGAGGAGGUGUCGAUACCGACGAGUCCCCUCUCUGAAUUCACAACGUCUGUAGCUGGCCCAAGCGACGAAAACGAAGACGAACACCAAGGAAGUAUCGACGGACAGCCCGACGAUGACAUCCUAGAAAGGGACGCCCCACCAGAUCAACAAAUUGGUGUGAAGACAGUUGCGAUUGGCCUGGUUCUGUCUAUUGUCUUCUGUGUUGCUUGUAUUCGCAUUACUUUUGGCACACUUGUGCCUUUCUAUGCGACCAUAAUUUCUAUAACGAUGGCACUCGUUCUCAGUGUCAUGGGCGUCAGGGCCCUCGGCGAGGUGAGAUAG